AUGUCAGAUGUUCGAUACAGAGUGUGUUUAUCUAAGAAAAUUACUCCUGAAAUUAAGAAACUCCCUCCGACAACAGAGGCAUUUGAACUACAUAUAAAACGAUGCCAUUUGCAAGCUUGUAUCUGGAAAGCAGCAGCAUCUCCGUUCCCUCCACCUCCGAACUGA